AUGCGUUCCAAGUUCAAGGAUGAGCACCCCUUCGAUAAGCGCAAGGCGGAGGCGGAGCGCAUCAGGCAGAAGUACCCGGACAGGAUACCCGUCAUCUGCGAGAAGGCAGACAAGACGGACAUCCCUACCAUUGACAAGAAGAAGUACCUGGUACCUUCGGACCUCACUGUGGGGCAGUUCGUCUAUGUUAUCCGCAAGCGCAUCAAGCUCGCGCCCGAGAAGGCGAUCUUCAUCUUCGUCGACGAGGUGCUCCCUCCGACGGCAGCACUCAUGAGUGCGAUCUAUGAGGAGCACAAAGAUGAAGAUGGCUUCUUGUAUGUCAGCUACUCAGGCGAGAACACGUUCGGCUCCUGGUGA